CUUCCGGGCUAUUCAAGGCACACUAGGGGCUGCUGGAACAUUCCGAAGAAUGUUACACAAAUCUGGCCUCAAAGACCAUGCUACAAAGUUGCGGAACUCUCUAGAAUGGGCUGGAAAUUCAGCCAUAAAAAUCUACCAAGGAACCCUCUAGAAUCUCAACUAAUAUCAUGAUAUUUAUGAAGGAUUUCUCUAGAUAUCAAAGAUAGAUAUUAUGUAAAGAAUGAUCUAGAUUAAGAACCAUCUAGACAUGAGGCACUAGUAUAAAUAGGCAUAAGUGGCCUCAUUUGUAACCACUCAACUUGUUGUAAUCACUCUCACUUGUAAUACUUGUUCAAGUAACAUAAACACCGUCUUUCUUGUAGUAUUGCACUACAAAACUUGCUCUUGUGUUUACUCAAACAAAGACUUCCGCUGCGAUACAUAACCAAACCCAACCACAAGGCUUAACUUAGGAGCAUUCUAAGUGCCGCACGAGAGUCAGAAAGUUACUCUGUGACAAGUGGUAUCAGAGCAAUGUUCGAUCCAUUGAAGAUGGCUGAAAUAGAAAAGAUGCAACAUACAACGGGUGCCGGAGACGAAACACGUGGACGUGAAGACACUCGAAAAGGUGAAAGGAAGACCCGAGAAAUGUCCAAAGACUUGGUUGCAAGUCUGGAUAAACGAAUUGAAGACGUUGAAAUAUCGAUGGCUGAAUACAACAACAAUGUUGAUGCUCUAAGGGCUGAAUUCGACACCUUCAAGGAACACGUCACUAAAUCACUACAACAAUUAGAAUCUUUGAGUAGUGAUAUCGACGAGACGAAGGAUACCUUCAAAGCCGCUAUUGCAAUAUUGCGGAAUGAAAUGAAAGAAAUGUUGAUGAACGAGUUUGGUCAACUCAAAACCAACGUAGAGAAGGAGCUUGCAAGCUGCCAUGAUAGCUUCAAACAAAUGCAAACGGACUUAAACAUCCUCAAGCAAGCUGUUGCAAACGGAGCCGGCGGCACAAGCAACAUUGUUCCCAAAAAAGUGAAAGUCCCGCAACCAACUCCAUUCACUGGAAAGCGAGAAGCACGAGCGGUAGACGACUUCAUUUGGGAAAUUCAACAGUACUUUGAAGGCAUAGACAUCACGGAUGAUGCUAAAAAGAUCAAGACGGCGCAACUAUACUUAAAAGACACAGCUGCAUUAUGGUGGCGACGAAAACAAAAAGAAAUCGAGCAAGGUACGCGCUUCAUCACUACUUGGGCAGAUUUCACUAAAGAAAUCAAAAGGCAAUUUUAUCUGGAAAAUGCUGAGUACGAAGAGAGAAUUCGACUUCGUAAUCUCAAGCAACGGGGCACUGUCAAAGAUUACAUAAGUGAAUUUUUAAAACACUUAAGCUUGAAAUUCCGGAUAUCUCGCCCAAAGACUCACUUGCAUACUUUAUCGAUGGCUUACAAUAUUGGGCGAAAAACGAAGUCGAACAUCGUAACGUUCAAAACUUAUCAUAGGCCAUCAUUGCUGCCGAAUCUUUACAUGAUCGUACUGAAACACGAUCAAAGUCCACACAAGUGGAAACCAAUAAUGCAAAAGGUGGGGGAGCCAGACCCAUCAACGAAUUCCGAAAAGAAGACACCCGGAAACCACUCCAACUAGCCAACGAACCCUAUAAGGGUUGUUUGAUAUGUGAUUGGCCACAUAACCCACGUUUUUGCCCAAAGAAGAAUAGCCUUAACGCAAUGGAAAAGGCUAAUGAUGAACCCGCUCCAACUGAAGAGGCUCGCUUGGGGUCAAUACAAUUACAAGUCCUUAAUGCCUUAACCGCAUAUGAUGGAAAACACUUGAGACUGGCCGAAUGUGAGCAAACCAAAGCCUACCCGCCAACCACAGCAGAAGAUAAUGCAAAAGAAGAACCCAAAGGACUUCGAUUCGUGCAUAUCGAAAUAAAUGGUCAACCCGGAAAAGCACUCGUCGAUACAGGGGUAAGCAACAACUUCAUCACCCCAGAAGAUGCUACGAGACUUGGUCUACCGAUCACAUUUCAAAAAGGAUGGAUCAAAGGAGCCAAUGGAGAUCCCGAGCCAAUUCAGGGGCACUAAUGGAACGCCAAGAUGAGUAUCGGGACGUGGUGAGGAAGGCUAGACUUCACCGUAGUACCCCUAGACGACUACGACAUCAUCCCUGGGAUGGAUUUCUUCCGUCAAACCAAAGCCGUCAUAGUACCGUUUACAAACACCAUGUACCUGGCCAAAAAGAAACAUGUAUACACUGCCAAUCUAGAGACCAAACUAGUGCAAAAAGGAGAGACCAUAUCUGCUUUACAACUUACAAAAAAGAUGUUGAGGGUAGCCAAGAAUCGCAACGAGGGGGUUGCGAAUUUAGGUGGGGGAGAAUGUCACGUCCCGCUUAAAAAUCAGAUCUUUUCAUCGCGAUUCCGGAACCUUCCGGGCUAUUCAAGGCACACUAGGGGCUGCUGGAACAUUCCGGAGAAUGCUACACAAAUCUGGCCUCAAAGACCAUGCUACAAAGUUGCGAACUCUCUAGAAUGGGCUAGAAAUUCAGCCAUAAAAAUCUGCCAAGGAACCCUCUAGAAUCUCAACUAAUAUCAUGAUAUUUAUGAAGGAAUUCUCUAAAUAUCAAAGAUAGAUAUUAUGUAAAGAAUGAUCUAGAUUAAGAACCAUUCUAAGUGCCGCACGAGAGUCAGAAAGUUACUCCGUGACAGUACUCUCACAUGUCCAACAACAAAUUGCAUUGCAGAGAUUGAUGUUGCAACCUUGGGGCACACCUCCCAUCAAGGUUUUAUGUUUGACACACGUGGUGACCAGAGAUGAGCUGAUUAACGAUGACGAUUAUAAAGACAUAACAGAAGACAUUAAAAUAGAAUGUGCAGCUUAUGGUAGCAAGAAUCUGCUAUCAGGACCGUGAUUGGGACAGAGAGAGGGACAAAGGGAGAGAUUGGGGAAAACGCAGAGACAGAUACUGUGAAAGAAGCAGAGACAUGGACAGAGAAAAGGACCUAGACAAAGAUCGUUACCGCUCAAGAGCCAAAUCUGGACAUAGAUCAAGGUCACGGUCUCGUUCACGCUACAUAAAGUAUGGGUUAUCCUUACCUUUUUAUAAAAUCCUAUUCAACUUAAUGUUAUUCUUGAGUUUUACCUUCAUAAACUUCUAAAACGGUUUAUAAAAUAAAUGUUAUCUAUCACACCGGUCAUGGAGGAGCAUAUUAAAUUGUUUCCUGUUUAAUGUCUUGCU